AUGAGCGCCUCCUCCUCCGGCCGCCGCGGCGGCGCGUCUCCCGCCGCCUCGCCCGGCCAGAAGCGGCCGAGGGGAGAUGGCCCCGCUUCGCCUUCUGGCCGCUCCGCCCCCGCCAAAAACCCUCGCCGCGCCUUCUCCUCCUCCCCCUUCGCCGACUUCGGGAGCUACAUGGCCGCGAAGAACAGCAAGCUCGCCGCGCAGUUCGAAGCUGACGCCUCCACGUCCGCCGCGGAGGUGGCGGGCGGCGUAUUUGCUGGCGUCUCCAUCUUCGUCGACGGCUUCACCGUGCCCUCUAGCCAGGAGCUGAAGGAGAUUAUGCUGAACAAUGGUGGGCGGUUCGUCAACUACUUCUCGAGGAAUACGGUGACGCACAUCAUCUGCACGCACCUGCCCAAUAGCAAAAUGAGUAAUCUGAGAGCAUUCAGUAAGGGACUUCCCGUGGUCAAGCCAGCCUGGGUGGUGGAUUCCCUUGCAGAGAACAGACUACUAAACUGUGCUCCAUAUCAAAUAAGUCAACACAGUUCUUCCAGCAGAAAGCAGACAAAACUUUCUGCUUUCUUUUCGGGAAGUCAUUAUCAGGGUGAACUGAAUGAUCAAAACAAAAGACAUGAAUUACACUCCUCGUCUGCUCAGGAGGGAUCACAAGACCAAAACAGUGGUUGUGAUAAGGAAGGGUCAUUAUUGAAGGAGGAGGCAUCAAAUGACUCACUAUCGUCUAAUGAUCAUAAAGCUUCUAUGUUUGAGGAACAAGAUAGUGAAGACUUUGUUGAUGAGGAUGGUAAUGCUUGUGAAACAGAAUGUUCAGAGAGAACGGAUAAUGGUGUGGAUGGUAAAUUUGAUAUUGCUCAGUCCCCUGAUGUCAGGUCAAGGUGUUCAAACUUGUGCAGUACAAGCUCUAUGGACAGCCGUUUGUCUUUAGAUUCAAUGGAUAGAAAUGCAACUAGAUCUUCUAGUCGGACACAUUCAACCCUCACAGAUCCAAAUUUUGUAGAGAACUAUUUUAAGUAUUCUCGACUGCAUUUCAUUGGGACCUGGAGAAAUAGGUACCGCAAGCGCUUCUCAAAUUUACUAGGGGCUAAAAGCAGUAAGGGGAACGGUGAUCAUUCAGGAAACAGAACGAUCAUUCAUAUUGAUAUGGAUUGCUUUUUUGUAUCAGUUGUCAUCAGAAAUAAGCCAGAGCUGCAUGAUAAGCCAGUAGCAGUUUGUCAUUCUGACAAUCCUAAGGGAACUGCAGAAAUAUCAUCUGCAAACUAUCCCGCACGAAACUAUGGGAUAAAGGCUGGCAUGUUUGUUAGAGACGCCAAAGCUCGGUGUCCCCACCUAAUGGUUGUUCCGUAUGAUUUUGAUGCAUAUGGGGAGGUUGCUGACCAGUUCUAUGGUAUUUUGCAUAAAUAUUGCAGCAAAGUUCAGGCUUUGAGUUGCGAUGAAGCUUUUCUGGAUAUGACUGAAUGCUUACAUGAUAAUCCAGAGGAAGUAACAGAGAAAAUCAGGAAUGAGAUUUUUGGUACAACAAAGUGCUCUGCUAGUGCAGGUAUUGCCGGAAACAUGCUCCUAGCUCGUUUAGCCACCAGAUCUGCAAAGCCAAAUGGACAGUGCUUUAUUUCAUCUGAGAAGGUUGUUGAUUAUUUAAACACUCUGUCUAUCAAAGCACUCCCAGGCAUUGGUCAUACAGUCUCUGACAAAUUGAAAAGCAGAGAAGUUGAAUACUGUGGCCAACUUCGCAACAUACCAAAGGAAGCUCUAUAUAAGGACUUCGGUAAAAAGAUUGGUGAUACGUUAUGGAAUUAUUGUAGAGGAAUUGAUCAUUCAGUUGUUGAAGCUGUUCAGGAAACAAAAUCUGUCGGUGCUGAGGUCAAUUGGGGAGUCAGAUUUAAUACUAACAAAGAUGCGGAGAAUUUUCUUGCUAACCUCAGCAAGGAGGUUUGUCUACGGUUGGAAGGUUGUGGAGUACAGGGUCGUACUAUUACCCUUAAGUUGAAAACAAGAAGGAAAGGUGCUGGAGAGCCAAUCAAGUUUAUGGGAUGUGGUGACUGUGAAACUGUUAGUCGGUCUAUGACGAUUGCAGGUGCAACUGACAGUUUAGUCACCCUUCAGAGAAUUGCAAAACAAUUAUUUGCAUCAUUCCGUGUUGAUGUGAAGGAAGUUCGGGGAGUUGGGCUAAAAAUUUCAAGGCUUGAGCAUGCAGAUUUAGCUCAGGGAGCACCACGAGGGAAUAUGCUUGAAUCAUGGCUUGUUUCGCCAUCUGAGAUGCUCAAGAAACACAGCAGUGAGAAAGCUUGCUUGCUCAAAAGCGGUGAUGAUGCAGCAAUGAGUGAGCAGCAAGGUUUAGGAAGCAUCAGAGGGUCAUCUAUAGGGGGGACGUCUCAUUUGUCAGAAGUGAACCUUACAAGUGACAGACCUACUAGAGUCCAUGGUGUUGAGCUGCCACCAUUGCCUGAACUUGAUUUGGAAGUCCUCAAGAACCUUCCUCCAGAGAUAAUAUCUGAGAUGAAUGACAUGUACAAGGGAGAAUUGCAUGGUUUUCUAGGCAUAACCAGUGGUGACAAAGCCAAAGAAAACGAUAUAAAAUCUCCUGCUUUUCAGGCAGUUACUCAGAAUCUUGUGCCUGUUCUCGACGCAAAGCUGCAUGGAGAUGGAGGGCACAAAGACCCCAUUCAUUUUAAAAAGGAAACAGAAAUUAAGGGGUUUUCAGGGGAACAACUCUCUGGAGUAAAUGAUUCCAGUGCUUCAUGUUCAAGAGCUAGUGAAUUGGUUGAUAUACCAAGAGAAAGUGCCAUACAGCAUGAUUUCAUGCCUAAUUCUCUAAGCCAGGCAGACGUUACGGUGCUGCAGGAAUUACCUGAGGAUGUGAAGGCUGAUUUGUUUAACACGCUUCCAUUGCACAGAUCAGGGGUUCCUACAUGCAGCACUUCAACUGUUGCUGAAAACGAAUUUCCUGAGAACGAAAAAGGCAAUGAUCCAAAACAGCGAGAGAUUUGUCUCCCGCCAAGGAAUUCUGAAAAAUGGAUUGAAGAGUUCAGAGUUAGCAGUUGCCUGAGACUAGAGGUCAUUGCAAAGCAAUACACAGACUCCAUCUCCAGUCAACCUUUAUCCUCUGUUCUAGAAUAUGUAGUUCCCUACCUUCAUCUUUGCCCUGACUCAGGCAGCGAAGAAUGGAACGUAACACUUGCACACCUUUCUGAAUUUCUUAAACAGUAUAUACAUCUAAAAGUUGCAUCUGAUAUUGAAGAGCUCCACAAAUGUUUCCGGCUUUUAAAAAGGUUGUCAUCAGCAUCAGAACUUUUUCUGGAAUUGCAUGAUAGCAUUCUACCUCUCCUACAGGAUUCUGUCAGUCAGCAUUAUGGUGGCAUACUACAUUUCUAGUUUUAAUGUUCAAGCACAGUUAGCCAUUUUGCUGUCGAAAUGGCCAAGAUUACCUGUGAUCUUUGCUCUGAUUAAACCUCGAUGAUGAGUCCAACGUGUUCCUGCAAUGAUUCAUUGAAUCCACAAUUUCUCGUGCUGGGCGGCUGACAGGCUAACCAUAAUGGACUGUGGUUCUCCUGAUUUGUCUUGUUGCGAGCCUGCAAAGCUAUCCUUUAUACAUGUAAAUAUACUAGCGAAUAUUAUUACUAGCACUACUACUACAUUGACGACAGUAUGCAGGCUGCAGUAUGUAAAAGAAAUUUGUCUUUGAAGUAUCUUUUAGUUGCGGAAUGCACAAGAAUGGGGUGAGCUUGGCAAUUGUUGUCAAGUCUCAUACUGAUACAAUCAGAACAGAUGUUGACACCCUCAAUGCUAGCACCGUGAUGCCAAAU